AUGGAAGAAUCGGCCUUCCUGAAGCAAGAAAAAGAAAACCUAGAACCGGCGGAAGAAGAGAGGCCAUGGGAAGGAAUGACCGCAGCUUCUUCCCAAGAUCCCAAGCCUGGUUUAUCAAAGACCCUGGAGUCGGAGCAGGGCCCGGAAACUGGAAUCCAGCCCAGAAUUAGUCUUCCUUCCAGCCCCCAGUCUAGAGGCAGCACACCUCUGGAUGACCUCAGAGGUGCAUCAUCUCCACCUUCCCCUCCUCAGGAGCCAUCUUCCACUCUUUCUUCCUGGGACCUUGCGGCGCCAUGGCAGUCAGAUAAGAACACUCGUGUGAUUACUGAAGCUGGGACACCUCACUCCGACCAUUUGGAACAAUCACAUGAUAAAGGAGAAUCAACUCCUUAUCAAACAUGCCAAUCAGAGGGAAACGCUUUUCAACAGCCCCAAAAAACUGAUGGUCACCUGUAUGGACCAAAGGAUAUGAGCUGUAACAACUCUAUACGGAAAGAGUUGAGAUUUGACUUUUUUCAGGAAAGCGACUCAAACAGUAACUACUAUUUGAAUGAGGCCGAGCCUGGGGCCUCUGAAAUGGCCCCCAGCAUGCUUGAGAUUGCCAUUCGGAAUGCUAAAGCUUACCUGCUGAAGACCAGUGACAAGUCGGGCUUAAAUCUAUAUGAGCAUCUUUCUAAUAUGCUGACCAAGAUCUUAGAUGAGCGUCCUGAAAAUGCUGUGGAUAUCAUUGAAACUAUUAGCCAAGAUGUGAAGAUGGCACAUUUUAGUAAAAAAUUAGAUACACUCCAAAAUGAGAAUGAGAUGCUUCCAACAUAUGAAAUAGCAGAGAAGCAAAAGGCUCUUUUUCUCCAUGGAAAUUUAGAAGGAGCUGAUCAAGAACUGGAAGAUGAAAUAGCAGAAAACUCUCUUCCAAAUAUAAUGGAGUCAGCUUUUUAUUUUGAACAAGCUGGAGUUGGUUUGGGCACAGAUGAGACUUAUCGCAUAUUUCUUGCCCUCAAACAGCUUACUGACACCCACCCAAUCCAAAGAUGCCGUUUCUGGGGCAAGAUCUUGGGUCUGGAAAUGAAUUAUAUUGUAGCUGAAGUGGAAUUUCGUGAGGGAGAAGAUGAAGAAGAAGUAGAAGAGGAAGAUGUAACUGAAGAGAGGGACAAUGAAGAUAGUGAAGGUGAAGAAGAUGAUGAAGAUGAAUUACCAAGGUCCUUUUAUAAGGCCCCACAGGCCAUACCGAAAGAAGAAAGUAGAACAGGGGCAAACAAAUAUGUCUAUUUUGUUUGCAAUGAACCAGGAAGACCGUGGGUGAAGUUGCCAUCAGUUACACCUGCACAAAUUGUUAUUGCAAGAAAGAUCAAGAAAUUUUUCACUGGGCGAUUGGAUACCCCGAUCAUAAGCUACCCACCUUUCCCAGGAAGUGAGAGUAAUUACUUACGAGCACAAAUUGCCAGAAUUUCAGCAGGGACCCAUGUCAGCCCUCUAGGAUUCUAUCAGUUUGGUGAAGAGGAAGGAGAGGAGGAGGAAGAGGUGGAAGGUGGGCGAGAUACCUUUGAAGAAAACUCUGAUUUUGAAGGCUUUCAAGUGACUGAUCUAGUGGAAUCUCUGUCCAAUUGGGUUCAUCAUGUGCAACAUAUUCUCCCUCAGGGUCGCUGUAAUUGGUUCAACCCCAAACAAAAAAGUGAGGAGGAAGAGGAAGAAGAUGAAGAUGAUGAAGAAAAAGAAGAAAAAGAAGAGCCUGACUACAUAGAACAGGAAGUAGGGCCUCCUCUCUUGACACCAAUCUCUGAAGACUUAGAGAUCCAGAAUAUACCACCUUGGACAACACGGCUGUCCUCAAAUAUCAUUCCUCAAUAUGCUAUUGCUGUUUUGAGGUCCAACCUUUGGCCUGGAGCAUAUGCUUUUUGCAAUGGCAAGAAAUUUGAAAAUCUCUACAUAGGCUGGGGUCAUAAAUAUAGUCCAGACAGCUAUACACCCCCAGUUCCACCAUCAGUUUGUCAAGAAUACCCCAGUGGACCAGAAAUUACAGAAAUGGAUGACCCUACUGUGGAAGAGGAGCAGGCUUUCAAGGUUGCACAGGAAGCAACCAUACUUCCAACUGAGGAAGAUGAAGAAACUGAGGAAGAUGAAGAUGAGGAAGAUAAUUAUGACUAAUAAAAAAAUUAGCCUAGCCUUGUGAGACUGAUGCAUACUUCUUAUGUGGGACUAUUUACCUAUACACAUAUACAACGGCAACUAUUCAUGUGUAAAAUGUCAUUACUUGAAAAGAUCAAAUUUGCAAUUUCAUAUAAACUGUUAAUAUGUGCUUAAAAAAGAUGCUCGAUGGAUUUUCCAGAGGCGAAAUGAUAUGUUUUUAAACCACUGUUUUGAUGGCUACAACUAAUAGAAUAUGUGCUUCU